UAAAAAAGCUAAUCUAGAUCUUUAUAACAUAAAAUGUUCUUGAUUGACCUACUAUGCAACCAGUACUUCUUACUAUUCUUCCUCGUACAAGGCUGUACAGCCUUGUACCUGGUAAGAACAGCUGUGAAGAAGUGAGAGCCUUUGUCAAAGACAAGGGUGCAAGUCCCAGCACUUGAGAGGAAAGAUGUGAAGAAAUGGAAUGUGGUGGAGUUUUAUGUGGUUGGAUUUUUUUUGCUUUUUAUGAGAGUUUUUAUGACGGUAGGGCUGUUUGUGUGAUUUUGAUUGACCACGAUGGUGAUUACGAGGAAGUAUGAUCUUAUGAAACCUCUGCCGUAUGAAGUGAGAGCGAGGUGCCAGUGGUGGGCUAGGUGGAUGUGUAGAGGAUUCUUGUUCUUUGCAGGAUUUAUGUGGAUUGAUGAAAAAGAUAUCCAAGUUGAUUAUUCUGAAUAUUUAGGACCUAAUUAUGACAAAAGAGAAAGGCCUAGUCUUCUUGUAUCUAAUCAUUCCUCAUGGGUUGACAUCAUCCUCUUUAUGUACUGUAAAUAUUUCCCUAGCUUUGUGAGUAAAGAAGUACUUAGUAAAACUCCUUUGGUGAAAGUUGUCGGAAGAAUGCUCAAUUGCUUGUACGUUGACAGAGAGACUAGCAAAGACAACAAGGAUAAAAUAAUACAAGAUAUUAUCCAAAGACAAGUCUUAAUGGAGGAAGGAAAAGAUAAAUUCCCACUUAUAAUCUACCCCGAAGGCACAACUUCGAAUGGUUUCGGCAUGAUGGAGUUUAAAAGAGGAGCUUUUGUAUCUUCAAAACCUAUCAAACCCAUUAGCGUAAAAUAUAGAGGUCGUAAUUUCCACCCGACAUAUGAAGUGCUGCCUUUCUUGUCUCAUUUUGUUCUUCUUCACUGCCAACUUUUCUCCUCACUAGAGAUCCAAUAUUUCCCCAUUUUUGUGCCCAACGAUUACAUGUAUGAAAACACAAAGUUUAAAUUUCAGGACAAGAAAGAGUUGGUUUACGGUGAGACUAUCAGAAAGAUAAUUGAAGAUAACUCAGGGAUCAAAAGGACCGACACCACUCUUAAGGACAAGAAGCAGCUCCUGGAGACUCUGUACAACCAAAAAGGUUUUAACUAGCUGACGUACUUGCAAUUUUG